AUGGUCGUCGCUGUCAAGCCCAGAGUUGGAUGGAUCGGAACGGGCGUCAUGGGCGCGAGCAUGGUCGGUCAUAUCCUGAAACACGGCUAUGACGUGACGGUGUUCAACCGCACACCCGCCAAGUGCAAAGACCUGGUGAAGGAAGGCGCGCAGGUUGCCAGCUCCCCCGCCGAAGUGGCAAAGGUGUCCGACAUUGUGUUUGGCAUUGUGGGCUACCCGAGCGACGUUCGCAAGGUGUUCUUGGACCCGGAGCAAGGCGUGUUGUCGUCGAUCAAGGCAGGAGGCGUCAUUGUUGACAUGACCACUAGCGAACCGUCACUAGCCAAGGAGAUCUACGAGACGGCCAAGCAAAAGGGCGUCUCGAGUCUGGACGCCCCUGUUUCAGGCGGCGACGUGGGUGCACGUGAGGCCACGCUGUCCAUUAUGGUCGGGGGAGACACGGCCACUGUCGAGUCAACGCGGCCGCUGUUCCAGCUCAUGGGCAAGAACAUCUGCCACAUGGGCGGAGCUGGCGCUGGCCAGCACACGAAAAUGGUCAACCAGAUCCUGAUCGCCACGAACAUGAUCGGCGUCGUCGAGGGUCUUCUCUAUGCGCACAAGAGCGGCUUGGACGCGGAGAAAGUCAUUCGCGCCGUGAGCGCAGGGGCUGCAGGCUCGUGGUCGGUCAGCAAUCUUGGCCCGCGCAUCGCCAAGCGCAACUUCGACCCGGGCUUCUUUGUCGAGCACUUUGUCAAGGACAUGGGCAUCGCGCUGAAAGAGGCCGCGAGUAUGAACCUCGCUCUUCCUGGCCUCGCGCUCGCGAACCAGCUGUACGUGGCGGUGAAGGCCCAAGGCCACGGCCGCUUGGGGACGCACGCGCUCAUGCUCGCGCUCGAGCAGCUGAACGGCAUUGCCCCGUCUGCCGCGCGCCCUCCAUCACCCCGUUCACUUGCCUUUGACAGUAUGGACGGCCCGGCCCAAGCGCUCGAGCAGCCGCUCGUGGACGACGCCCCGCGCGUGCCGUUGGGCAACGCCAAUGGCUGUCACGCCAUGUACAAUCCGCUCGUGGAUGCGGGCGACGAAGAAGAGAAGCAGGAGACGCAAGGGCCGAGUCAGACGGGCCGCCCACACGUGCAGAAGCAGCCGCCGCCGCACAAGAUGCCAUAUGCCGCUCCGAGUGUUCAUCCAUAUGCUGUGCCUCAGUACGAUCCCCAUGGUGGCUACAGUGGAAGUGCUGGCAAUGGAUGGGGCGGUGGCCAAAGCGAGGAGAGCAGAGGCGACCAAGGAGUCUUGGUGGACAUUGUCUUUAGUGGCCUGUACACGCUGGCCGCGGUGUUUACGAUCGUCCAGGGCUUCGGCAUGCUCAUUCACUUCACAUACGCUUCGGUGUCGCUGGGGUUGUACACGAUGGCGUUCGGUACCGCGAUUAUUAUGUACGACCUCAAGUCGGUGGUAAAUGGCGUGAGCGUCGAGAUGUACUUGCCGUUCCUGGGCAACUACAUUGGCCGCGCUGCGACCGUUCUGUUCUUUGCCGUGUUGUGUGCCCAGACGUACGAGUACGCGGGCUGGACCAAGUUCUUUGUGUUGUACAACUUGUUGGUCGCUACACUGCAGGGAUUCGUGUACUUUACGACGAAGACAGUGACGCCGAGUCAGCCCCAAAUGGACGGUCUACCCGACUUGUAA